GCGAAUCAGGUCGCGGUCGGACCUGACUGACUGACUCAUUCAUAUUUUCAUUUGUGUUUUGCGUGUGGACGGGGCGGUUUUGACAUGGCUACAGUGCGUUUACGGACUACAAGUUUAUUAUUAAUUCUAUUAUUUGUAGUAGAAAAUAGUUUAACCGCCUCCCCGCCAUGGAUAUUUGACGUAAAAGUGAAUAAUUCCACGUGCAACCAAGCAACAUGUGUUUAUAAUGUAACAGUGUUCGGCAAAUACCGAUUAUGGUCGUUAACCUCUGAGCCUGGGUGUUAUAAAACCGACCAUAUCAAUUUUGUUGGUGAAGAAGUGUUGAUGAGAGUUGAUAAGUUGGUAAAGUUGUAUUUUUGUGCUAAAAGUGAUGAGGAAAGUGGGUGGUUACCGCAGGAUGUCUUUUUGGAGGGCGGUGACGUCAUACGUUACGAUCGGACAUCAGAAAACGAAGUGGAGGACUCACCACGGGAAGAGCUGACAGACCUCUACGAAGAUGACGAAGCCAAGAACUACUACAGGGACCUGGACGUGAACAGAGAUGGCGAUGAAGUUGAUGCAAUGGCCGUCGAGAUGUUCUCUUACACCAACCCGGGGGACAGGCGCCGGUUGCGACGACAGGCUGAAGGUGACAGCUCAAAACCUGACAACACGACUGAAGAUGCGAAUGCAAAAAAUCCUCCGAACAACGAGACAGCGCAAAAUGUUAGUGAAGCAAGCAGCGGGCCGGUUAUAGAAGGCAGCACAAAGCUAAGAGUGAUGGGGCUAAGGGUGGAAGAGGCUGCUAAGGAACCAAAGUUGGUGGAAGAGAUGAUACCCUCAGUGUUGACGGAGACGACCUUCCAUUUAAGGCUCUUCGGGGAGGGCUUCACCAAUGACACGGUGAUCGCGUUCACGCACCACGCCGCGAAGUACGGGACCCCAUGCUACCACCUGCUGAAUGGAGAGUAUGAGAUAUCAGUAGCUGACCGAGAAUCAGGAUUAUUCAAGCUCGAAGCUCCCCCUCCAAUUGAAGGUUACCUGUUCUACGUGUGCGCGAAGAGUUCUCCAAACGAAGACUUCGUCCACCAGGGCAGCGAGCGGUGGAAGAUAUUGGGAACCCAUAAUAAAAUGCUGCCGUUGUGGGCUUCCCUCAUACUGAUUGUGAUUCUGCUGAUGCUGGCUUCACUGUUCUCUGGCUUGAACCUUGGACUGAUGGCUUUGGACCGAACUGAGUUGAAGAUCAUUGCUAAUACAGGCACAGAGAAAGAGAGAAAGUACGCGAGAGCCAUCAUGCCGGUCCGCUCGCACGGCAACUAUCUCCUUUGCACCAUCCUGCUGAGUAACGUGGCGGUCAACAGUACCUUCACCGUCAUCCUGGAUGACCUGACGUCAGGCCUGGUGGCCGUCAUCGGGUCAACUCUGGCUAUCGUGUUCAUAGCCGAGAUCACUCCACAAGCCAUAUGUGCCAGACAUGGCCUGUUCAUUGGUGCCAAGAGCAUUUGGAUUAUGAAGAUCGUGAUGGGCAUCUGUGCGCCGCUGGCGUGGCCGACCAGCAAGCUCCUGGACUACUUCCUCGGCGAAGAGAUCGGCACGCAUUACAACAGGGAGAGGCUGAAGGAGCUGGUCAAGAUAACAAACCACGUGAACGACCUAGACAAAGAGGAAGUCCAGAUCAUAUCCGGUGCCUUGGACCUGCACAAGAAGACUGUCAGGGACGUGAUGACGAAGCUGAAGGACUGCUACAUGCUGCCCAUUGACAGCAUCCUGGACUUCGAGACCAUGACUGAGAUCGUCAAGUCAGGUUACUCCCGUAUCCCAGUAUACGAGGGUCACCGCGGCAACAUAGUGACGGUGCUCUUCAUCAAGGACCUCGCCUUCGUGGACCCUGACGACAACACGCCACUCCGCACGCUCUGCCAGUACUACCAGAACCAGGUCAACUUCGUCUUCGAAGACGUCACCUUGGAUGUGAUGCUGAAGCAGUUCAAAGAUGGUCACAAAGGUCACAUGGCGUUCGCUCAACGCAUAGACAAGGAGGGCGACGGUGACCCAGUGUACGAGACAGUGGGACUGAUCACUCUCGAAGACGUGAUCGAGGAGAUGAUCCAAGCCGAGAUCGUGGACGAGAGUGACGUCAUCAGUGACAACCGCACCAAGAAGCGUCUACUGCGGCCAAUGAACAAGCUCCACGACAUCGCGGCGUUCGCGGGCCACCAGCACCAGCGGGUCCACGUCUCGCCACAGCUUAUCCUGGCCACCUUCCAGUUCCUGAGCACCAGUGUGGAUCCAUUCCGUCCGGACAUGAUAUCGGAGACGGUGCUGCGUCGUCUGCUGAAGCAGGACGUCAUCCAGCACAUCAAGGACCGAGCUGAUAAGGACAAGAACGACCCUAAGAGAUAUGUCUUCCAGGAGGGAAAACCGGUGGACUACUUCGUGCUGAUCCUGGAGGGUCGCGUGGAGGUGACGGUGGGUCGGGAGAACCUCGUGUUCGAAGCCGGACCCUUCACGUACUUUGGGGUUCAGGCCCUCACCCAGAACGUUGGAUUAGCGGAAUCCCCGGCCCCAUCGACGCUGGGUUCCCUCCAGAAUCUGAACAUGGACUCCAUGCUGCGUCACACCUUCGUUCCCGACUACUCCGUGAGGGCCAUCGCUGAGGUCUACUACCUCACCAUUAAGAGAUCGCUAUACCUGGCCGCCAAGCGCGCCACGCUCAUGGAGAAAGGGGCCCUGAACAAGGGAGGGACCAAUGAGCAGAUAGAACCCGAAGUUGACAAGUUGCUUCGCGAUGGAGACCGGUUGGAUGACAUCAUUGAGAAUCAGACACAGAAAACGCCGCCCAAACAGCUUUUACCCGCGUCUGCUAGCCCAGUGACCAAUUCCACAUUCAAGUCCUACGACAAAGGAGAGCCCAAUCCGGAAGAACAAAAGCUACUGACCCCAUAGCUACCAAAUCAGUAGAAAUCCCUAACGUCAGGCAACACUGCCUGAAAACUACCAUAAUGACAAUAAAAAUUUAAAAUAGAAACGGUUAUCGAACAAUAUUAUCAAAUCAGCAGACCACGAACGGUAGUAAAACCACUGGCAACACUGCCCCAUAAACUCCUGAACAGGGCAUUCAAAUUAAGUACUUCGCCACGUUUUUUUAAAAAAAAGUUUUGCAAAGUUCCGUCUGCCUUUUAGUACCUACGAUACAUUUCAAUCUAGUAUACCAUAGCAAUGACAGGUAUUUCGUAACUCUCAUGAACUCGGAUUUGAACCGCCGAAAACCGAAAAAAAUUACUUGAUUUAUAAAAAAAAAACAAUAAUAAAAAAUCUCAAGUUUAAGAACAAAUUCGUCAUUAUAUUUUAAAUUAUAUACUCAUGGCAUGGCAGUGUAUAUGUGGAGUGUUGAUUCGGAUGGCAAGAGUUUAUAAGGCAGUGUGGCUACAUCACGUUUAACUUAAAUUUACCCCCUUUUUUUAGAUAAAAACUACCAAAUUAAUAGAAAAUCCUAAAGUAAGGCAACACUGCCCCAAUAGCGCUACCAAAAUGACAAUUUCGCGGUAUGAAAGCUUAAUUUUAAAGUAGAUUUUCAGUUUUAUAAGUUUGUUACAAUCACUACUACGUAAGAUUUUUAAAAAAAAUAAUUUUAAUAGUAUUUAACAUGGCAUUUGUUGCGUUAACAGUAAAAUAGCUUUAGUUUUAAGGUGCACACACAUUACUGUGUUGCAACACGGUCGACCAAUUAGAGCAUGCGCCUCGAGCAAAACCGUCAAGAGUUCCACAACAGAUCAGUGUGCAUCUUCGUGUAAAAUGUAUGACUCCUGUUGCCGUCUGCCACGUCACAAUACACCACAGUAAUGUGUUUGCACCUUUAGUUUUUAAGUGGAACUACAGUACUUAUUUCGUGUUUUUUUUUUAUUCAUGUAUGGCAAUGCGCUUGCAGUUUUUUUUUAUAGUAAGGCGACAUUUUAAAAAACUAAAUAUGUAAUAGACUAUUUCCAUUUUUUCCAAUUACUUCCACUGAAAUCGAAAGCAUCACAAGUAUUUUAUUUUUUUGCAAUUAUUUAAGCUAGUCAAUUUUUAAUAAUUUGUUGAUAUUUUCGUCUUUUUAACUUUUUUUUUUACUAGCUAUACUUACCCAAUUUUUUAAUAAUUAAAAAUAACGAUUUUGUAUAAAUAAUGAUUUAAAAUAAGUUUUUUUUUUAAAUAUAAAUAUGUUUUUACUCUUCUAUUUGUUUUACAGUAAAGAAAAAUGUCGCCUAGAAUAUAAACGUUUAAAAUUUUACAAUUUAUUAUGUGCUUUUAGUAUAUAAAUGUUGUGGAUGUUAUAUUUUUAAUAAGUUAACUAUUCCACUUAUUUAUUCACACACUUGUGUAUGUGAAUGCGAACGUACGUAGUUUUAUUGUGUGUGUGCACACAUACAUCCAUCCAAAUAGAAAAUAUAUGUCAAGCUAAGCUUUUUAGAAAACAUAUUGUUAUAAAAAUAUUAAGAAAUUAUACAUAAAUAAAAAAUAUGUUAUAGGUAUUUUUGCAUUUUUAACAAAUCGAUUUUUUACUAUUUUAUCUGUAGUUAUACUUUGUAGUUUUUAUAGAUUUUGUUAUUAUUACCAGUAAACUUUUUUUCUUAAAGCCUUUUCCAAAAUUGUGCCUUAUUAAGUGUUUACAAAAAAAACCGGUGCUGUUUUUGUCCCAAGUAAUUUAUUAAUGCUGACCAAUGCAAUGUUUUUAAAACAUAAAUUAUAAUAUUAGAUGUAUGAAAUUAAAAAAAGUCCGAAUUUUGCACUGUGUCCAUUUUUAACAAUUUAACUAGUAGAAAUUAAAAACUUUUAUAUGGCAACCUUGAAAACCAUGUAGUUUUAUAAACAAUUUUUUAACAAAAUAUAUAAUAUUAUGUUACGAAUGUUUUUAAAGCUGUUAUAAAUUACAUAAUAUGUAAACUUUAUCGUACAAAAUAAUCUUGUGAACCAUUUUUAUACAUAUAAAUUUAUUGUACUGUUUUACAAUGUCAUAUUUUAUAAUAAAUAUGGAUGGUGCAAA